GGAGAAGAGAGGGAGGAGGGUAGGGAAGAAGAAAGAGAGCAGGAAGACCUGAUAGAAGAACAAGAAAAAGAAGCAGAAGAGAAGAAGAGGAAAAAGAAGAAGCAGAAGAUGAAGAAGGUGAAAUCUAAUAAAAAUAUGGUAACAGAAGCAGUAGGGACAGCUCAGACCCCAACUACAAUACCGGCAGAUGACAACUUGUCCUAUAUCUUGUCUAGACUGAGCGGCAUUGAAUCCGCUAUCCAUCGCCUCAAUGUCCAGUUCUACGGUCUGGAUGUGAAAGUGUCGCAGAUGUAUCAGAGUCUCUCUAAGAUGCGGAACAAGCUCAGCGACGCAGACGAUGCCAUCACCACUGUGUCAGAAAUGAAUCUCAGGAACCAGAGACAGAUUGGACAGAUUGAAGGUUGUUUGAAAGGCAAGAGGUACACACGCAAGUGCUACCUCAUUUUCCAGCAUUUUGAAGAUUACGAUACAGCACAAAAGCAUUGCUACAGCCGCGGUGGAAACCUGGCAAUGCCCAUUGAUCAGCAAGAAUUUGGAGCUGUGGCACAAUAUGUUCAUGAUGUCUUCUUCCCCUUUAACUGGCCUGUCUGGAUUGGCAUUAAUGAUCGUCGCUCGGAUGGGCUGUACUUGUUUGAGAACGGGCAUCGGGUUUCUUAUUAUAACUGGUUCAAAGAUCCCUUAGUGACGGAGCCAAACGGUGGCGUCAAGGAAAACUGUGUGUCCAUCUCCUCAAAUGAUGGGAAAUGGUGGGACAGUGACUGCACCCGUAGGAUGUACUAUAUUUGCGAAUACUGAGCUGAAAGUCAAAGGGCCUCCUCAGUUAAAGGAACAGCCCAGGCCAAAACUCAUGUUUCAGCUUCAAAAGGGUAAUAAUAACUGCACGGUCACUAGAAAUGAUACAUUUGUACUUCUCCCAGCAGCCUCUUAAAAAAAUUCCAGUGGGUUGGUGGUGGGACGACCAACCACCAAAUAAAUGCAACUGGGAUGGUGGUGGGAUCAUAGGUGUGCGCAGGGAGUCUGCCAGGUAUGCCUGGGCACACCCUAACCACUCUCUGUGGUGCCAAUUUCCCCUACUGCCUGAGCUUACCCUUGUCUUGCACCCCCCCCCCCCCACAGUGCUGCUGGCAUC